AUGAUUAUUUUAUGGUCUGAUACGGAGAUUAAACUGACCACUUGGAAACUUCAUCAACAUGUCCGUAUACACAUUUGGUAAUGUACUCUUGAUUCACUCAUCCUAUACAAACUAUAUUGACUUUUGAAAGGAUACAUGAAAUCAUUUGCAAUUGCGGAUAGUAAAAACUGCUUCUGCAUAUUUCAAUAUGUUCCGUCAAAUCAUGAUGUAUGACUGCACGUGUGUCAAACAUAUAUUCAACAUACACCGUACCACUAAACUUCAUAAGUUCUCAACUGAAACAAAUUGAAACUGUAAAAGUACCUAUUCCUUUCAUUCUAUUCACGUACUGUGUAAUUCAAAUUAAUUAUUCGAACAUGCAUAUUUAUAUCAUCAAACUUUUAAAUGUAUUGAAAACCGAUGUAAUAUAUUAUAUAAAUUAUUAAAAUAUGUUACACUGAAAACUACGAUGAAAAUUAGUAAUAUUAUUUACAAAGCAUUCUCGCGAUAAAUCUUUAAAUAUUUUCCGUGACGUGAUACUAAAAAAAAGAGUAAGAAUUUGAAAAAUUAAUGACAGUAUUUACAAAAAAAUAACAAGGAAAAACUCUGUUACAUAGAGAAACGAAGCAUUUGUAGCACUAGCAUGUGUUCGUACUCACGGUUUCAUCAUGCACGCAUGCACACCCUUCCGUGCAUCGAAUCAACUGGUGGUUGGGAAGAAACUUUAA